AUGGGAAACCUUGACCAGUUGAAGAGCUGUGCCCUCACUGAGGCUUGCUGUCCAGAUCUCGCCCUGGCCCUCGCCUGCAACCAGAGCCUGAGCCAUCUGAACCUGGGGGGAAAUCAGCUCCUGGACAGUGGUGUGCAGGUGCUGUGUGGGGCCCUGAGCCAACCCGAGUGUCACCUCCAGAACCUGGUGUUGGCAGGAUGUGGCUUGACAGACGGUGUUUGCCAGGAUCUCUCUACCGCUCUCACCUCCAGCCGGAAUCUGACACGUCUGUGCCUGGCCCACAACAACCUUCGUGAUGAGGGCGUGAAGAUCCUGAGCACAGCCUUGAAACUCCCUGAGUGUCCUCUCCAGAGACUGACGUUGUGGAGCUGUGGCAUCACUGCUGCAGGUUGCCAGGAUCUUUCUGCCGCGCUGCUCAGUAACAAGAACCUGACCCACCUGGACCUGGGGGAGAACGAGCUGGGCGAUGCCGGCAUGAAGCUGCUGUGCAUAGCUUUGGGGCAGCCGCAGUGCAUCCUUCAAGCCUUGGACGUCUUGGUCUGCUUCCUCACCGAGGCCUGUUGUCAGGACCUCUCGGACAUGCUUGUCCUUAACCAGAGCCUGCGGAGCCUGAACCUGGGACACAACGCCCUCAUGGACCAGGGGGUCAAGCUGCUGUGCCAGGCCCUGAGACACCCUGACUGUCAGCUCCGGAGGCUUGGGCUGGAGAGAUGCCAGCUCAGUGCCGCAUGCUGUCAGGAUCUCUCCUCUGUUCUCCUCUGCAAUCCGAGGCUGAAGAGUCUUGACCUAGCCCAGAACGCUUUGUGGGAUGAAGGAGUGAGGCUGCUGUGCGAGGCCUUGCAACAGCCUGAAUGCAGACUGCAGAUCCUGGCGCUGUGGAGGGAGGCAUUCAGCGAGGAUGCCCAGCGGAUGCUGAAGGCGGUCCAGGAGAGCAAACCGCACUUGAUCAUCACUGGUGACUGGUACAGUCACGAGCUUGAGGAAUAUGGUUUUUCCUGGUGGCUGGAGACCUGACCCGCUGCCUUCCCCUUUCUCCUCUCCCUCUCCCCUUUCCUCAGUCUGUCACAAGGGCCUAUGGCACCAGAGGGACAAUGGCACGUGUCCCCCAGGUAUGGGAGUCUCUGGGCUGCUGCUCAUUGUCGUCACGGGCUGCCUGUGUACCUUGUGAGCUCCCCGGUCCUCCACUCUCCUUCAGCCCCCAGCAGUCGCACAGUGCCCAUGUCUCUCUUCCCUCUGGACACCUUCAUGGAUGAGUCAAAUACAGACUGAUUCUUUUUCUCUGCA